AUGAUGAGAGCAAGAGAGCGACAGAACCAACCAGAGAACAGCAGAACCAGAGAUCCUCAGAACCAGAGGAGAGCAGAACCAGAGAUCCUCGAAACCAGAGAUCCUCAGAACCAGAGGACAGCAGAACCAGAGGACAGCAGAACCAGAGAUCCUCGAAACCAGAGAUCCUCAGAACCAGAGGACAGCAGAAUCAGAGGACGGCAGAACCAGAGAUCCUCGAAACCAGAGAUCCUCAGAACCAGAGGACAGCAGAACCAGAGGACAGCAGAACCAGAGAUCCUCGAAACCAGAGAUCCUCAGAACCAGAGGACAGCAGAACCAGAGGACGGCAGAACCAGAGAUCCUCGGAACCAGAGAUCCUCAGAACCAGAGAACAUCAGAACCAGAGAUCCUCAGGACUGGAGAAGAACAUCUGAUCCAGGAAUAUCCUCAGAACCAGGGAACGGAACCGCUUCGUCUUCACAUCCCGGAGUUCCCGCAUCGAUAAGUCUCCGGAGCAGCCGCCGCCGCCGCCGCCUGGUUCCCGGUGUCAGGAAGUCUGUCUUGAUGUCGGUGUCAGUUCUGCCUCCAUGUCUGUGUGGACGCGUCGGUCUCGUCUGUGGACUCCUCCUCCUCCUCUUGGCCUCGCCACCGCUCCUCGCUGCAGGCAGGCUGGGUAACUGCAGCCACCCUCAGGUGCCUGAACAUGGAGGCUUCCGCUGCGACCCGUCUCCGUGCCGAGGUUUCCCUCCGAAGAGCUCCAUCCACUUCUUCUGUGAGCCCGGCUACCACAUGGCCAAUGCUCGCGUCUCCAGGUGUCGCCAGGGGAGGUGGCUGCCUCCGAUCCCGGCCUGCAUCCCCAACAAGGAGAGUCCUCACAUGAACCCUGACGACAGAUCCAGCAACUCGAUGCCCAACAUGGCCACGACGGCGGUGGGCGUGUCCAUCUUCCUGCUCACCACUACGGCCUGCAUGGUGGUCAAGUCCCGGCUCUACCCCUGCCAGUCUCCCAGCCGUCGUUCUUCGGACCAGCUGGACCUGAUGGUGGACGGACCUCCUGUCUCCCUCCCCUCCUACGAGGAGGCGGUGUAUGGAAGCUGGGGUCAGCGCCUCCCCCCCUGCUCCGCACCUGGACCCACCCAGCUCCUAUUGGCCCAGGAGGCUCCGGGCCGCCCCCAGUCGGACGUCAGUCACCACCCCCUGCUCUCCUCCCAAAGCCCCGACAACCCCCCACCCCCUUACGAGGAGGUCCAAUCACUGCGUCCCGCAGGCAGGACGAGUGAGGGGGAGGGUCUGCAGCUUCAUGUCCCUCUGUCAGAUGACAAGGACGCUUGAUUGACAGGCUGUCGGCUUCGCAUGUGACUGAAUUCCUCCCACGUGGACUGUCAACUGUUAGAUGAUGAUUUUGAUUGACAGUUGCCUGCUGCAGUGUUUCCUCUGCAAACUGAGAACUGACUCCUGAUUGGCUGCAGCUCACCAGCAUCCACGCUACUUUAGACCAAGCUCAUAAGCUCUGAUUGGCCAGUCGUCACAGAGACCUGACUGAAGAGCACUGUAUGGUGUUGAUUGUACAGAAUGUGUGUGACAGAGGAGUGUGUGUGUGUGUGUGUGUGUGUGUGUGUGUGUGUGUGUGUGUGUGUUUUCAGUGUUGUUCUGGAGACGUUGUCCAUCCUUCCCCUCAGUGACGGGGCAGAUCCAGGUUUCCUUCAUGAAGUCAAGUGGUACAGGAACCUGUAGAGUCUUCUCCAUCUGGAGCUGAGACGUUUUCUUCAGCACUGAUCUGAGACCAGCCUGGAGCACCCCACUCUGUGAGAGAUGGUGUCGUGAAGCUACACCUGCUGUGAUGUGGAUUUUCAAAUCCACUUCAAAUUUUUAUGUAAAGUAGAUUUCUUAGGUACUUGACUUGAACACAAUUAUUAUUAUUAUGAGAUUUACUUUAAAAACGUAGAAGCCCAGAUUGUGACCAAACCAACGUGGAACCGACUCGUCCGUGAUCAGACUCUGGUUCCUUGGUUCUCUGGUUCCUUGGUUCUCUGGUUCCCUGGUUCCCUGGUUCUCCAGUUCCCUGGUUCCCUGGUUCCCUGGUUCCCUGGUUCCCUGGUUCUUUGGUUCCCUGGUUCCCUGGUUCCCUGGUUCUCUGGUUCACUUGUUCCCUGGUUCUCUGGUUCCCUGGUUAUCUGGUUCCCUGGUUCCAUGGUUAUCUGGUUCCCUGGUUCCCUGGUUCCAUGGUUCCCUGGUUCCCUGGUUCCAUGGUUAUCUGGUUCCCUGGUUCCCUGGUUCCCUGGUUCCAUGGUUAUCUGGUUCCCUGUUUCUCUGGUUCCCUGGUUCCCUGGUUCCCUAGUUAUCUGGUUCCCUGGUUCUCUCAGUGACUCCUGCAGAGCGACUGACGGCUUCUUAGAUCCUGAAUGUAUUUAAAGUUUCAUUCUGUGAUAAAACAAGAAUCUUAACUAUUAUAUGGAUUGUAAUAUUUACAACAUGAUUAUUUGUACAAUGUGCACAGAAUGAUGAAUAAAUGUUGACAUGUUA